CUUUAUUGUGUACUAUAAAUAAUACUUCAUUUUGCAUUAUUUGUUUCAAUAGAGGUUAUCUAACCGUCAUCCAUCUGAAAUCUGGAAUUGUACAUAAAGUUUGUAUUUAAUAUAAACUUAUUUUAAUCAUCGUACUGUUAGUUUAUUUAAGUUAGUUGAUGCAAAUAUAAUUUGGAAAAAAUGUCGUCGAAUAAAAGUAAAGAGGUGCAAAAUUUUAUUGAACAAAGACGCUUGGAGAGGUUGGAGAAGGCUAAACAGAGAGCAGAGAAGGUUCGUGAUAUGAAACUGAAAAAAAUCAACUCCCAAGGUCCAUCCAUCAUAAGUCGACCUUCAAAACUUCAAGCAAGACCUUCAUUCGUGAGAGCAGCAUCAGCACCUCAGGUUCGACAAACAAAAACAUCUCAAAAACGAAUUGAUAUCAUAAAUUAUAACUUUCCCGAAUACGAACAGUUGAAGCUCGAAGUUUCACAAAUCAUUUCGAAAGCUAAUGAAACUAUUGCUUCUCUUCAGAUGGAAGAGAUAAAUGAAACCGAAGAAGGUAAUGGAAAUACUGGAGCUGGGUUAAAUGAUACUCAAAAAGGGGGGAUGGAUUUAAAUAAAUUUAAGCAUGUAUCAGAAAGAACGAAGGCGACACAAAAAUUGGAUAGUUUGGUUAAUAAAAAUGUGCAAAAGAAUGCAAAUGGAAAGGGUGUAGAUUCAAAAUCAUCCAUAACUAGUAAUCAAGAAAAUGGACAAGUUGGGACAAGUGAAAAAUUUGGUCAAAAUCUGCCAAUUGGGCACAGAAAUGCAGAUGGGAAGGUUGUAGAUUCAAAAACAUCUACAACUGGUAAUAAAGAAGUUGAGACAACUGAAAAUUUAGAUGCUGUUCUUAAGAGAAAAUUGGUAAUUACUAACAAAGGAGAUUUGGAAAAUCAUCAGAAAGGUGCAGAUUCAAAACAGUCAUCUUCUGAUAGUCAAGUUGAAGUUAAGGUUGAGACAAAUGAAAAAAUAAAUGCUGUUUCAAGCAAAAAAAUGGUAAAUGCUAACAAGAAAGGAGACUUGGGUAAUCUUCAGAAAGGUGCAGAUUCAAAACAGUCAUCUUCUGAUAGUCAAGUUGAAGUUAAGGUUGAGACAACUGAAAAAAUAAAUGCUGUAUCAAGCAAAAAAAUGGUAAAUGCUAACAAGAAAGGAGUCUUGGGUAAUCUUCAGAAAGGUGCAGAUCCAAGAACUUCAUGUGCACCUGGUAAUCAAGGAGGUGCCAAAGUUGGGACAACUGAAAAAUUAGAUGGUGUUCAAAAUAAAAACAAGGAAAAAAACUUGGGUAAUCUUCAGAAAGGUGCAGGUCUUUCUGAUAGUCAAGUUGAAGUUAAGGUUAAGACAACUGAAAAAUUAAAUGAUGUUCCAAGUAAAUUUGCAGUUGCCAACAAGAAAGGAGACUUGGGUAAUCUCCAGAAAGGUGCAGAUUCCAAAAGUUCGUCUACAUUUGGUGCCAGAGUUGAGACAACUGAAAUUUUGGAUGCUGAUCAAAGCAAAAAAUUGGUAACUGUCGACAAAAAAGCAGAUUUAAAUAAUAUUCUCAAAGGUGCUGGAUUCCCAAGAGCCUCAUUUACACCUGAGGCAACUAAAAAAAUAGAUGAUGCUCAAAAUAAAAAUGCAGUUUUUGGUAACAGGAGAACAGAUUCAUCUAGUCUUCAGAAAAAUGAAGAUCCAAGAUCUUUCUUUACUGGAAAAAUAGAUACUGCUCAAAAUAAAACUGCUGUAAAUGGUAACAGGAGAACAGAUUUGUCCAGCAUUCAGAAAAGUGAAGAUCCAAGAGAUUUUUUUACUGGAAAAACAGAUGCUGCUCAAAAUAAAAAUGUGGUAAAUGGUAACAGGAGAACAGAUUUGUCUAGUCUUCAGAAAAAUGAGGAUCCAAGAUCUUUCUUUACUGGAAAAACAGAUGCUGCUCAAAAUAAAAAUGCUGUAACUGGUAACAGGAGAACAGAUUUGUCUAGUCUUCAGAAAAAUGAAGAUCCAAGAUCUUUCUUUACUGGAAAAACAGAUACUGCUCAAAAUAAAAAUGCUGUAACUGGUGACAGGAGAACAGAUUUGUCUAGUCUUCAGAAAAAUGAGGAUCCAAGAUCUUUCUUUACUGGAAAAAUAGAUGCUACUCAAAAUAAAAAAGUGGUAAAUGGUAACAGGAGAACAGACUUGUCCAGUCUUCAGAAAAGUGAAGAUCCAAGAUCUUUCUUUACUGGAAAAAUAAAUGCUGAUCAAAAUAAGAAAAUGGGUGACACAAGAGAUUCUUUUAUUCCUGAAAAAAUAGAUGCUGCUCAAAAUAAAAAUGCAGUUAUUGGUAACAGGAGAACAGAUUUGUCUAGUCUUCAGAAAAAUGCGGAUCCAAGAGCUUUCUUUCCUGAGACAACUGGAAAACCAAAUGCUGACCAAAAUAAGAAAAUGGGAGACACAAGAACUUCUUUUGCACCUGAGGCAACUAAAAAAGUAGAUGCUUCUCAAAAUAAAAAUGCAGUUAUUGGUAACAGGAGAACAGAUUCGUCUAGUCUUCAGGAAAAUGCAGAUCCAAGAGCUUUCUUUCCUGAGACAACUGGAAAACUAAAUGCUGACCAAAAUAAGAAAAUGGGAGCCUCAAAACUAGAUGCUGCUCAAAAUAAAACAAUGGUAACUGGUAAGAAAGCAGAUUUGUGUCAUCUUCAGAAAAUUGGAGACUCAAGAGCUACUUUUAUACCCGAGACAACUGGAAAAAUAAAUAAACUGUUGGCAGAUGCUAAUAAGACAGCGGAUUUGUGUCAUCUUCAACAAGACCCAAGAGAUUCCUUUAUCCAAGAUGAUAAUUUAUCUCUCAACGAUCCCCAAGGCAUGGAGAUAACAAUAAAAUUAAAUUUACCAUCCAUGAAUUUUGAUGACCAAAAUUGCUCAAUCAACACGUCAGUAAGAAAUAAGUCCAGGAAACAGUGGCGCAGCCCCAAACCUUUGCCAAUAAAUGCAAUUAGCAAAAAUGUAUCCACCAAAAAAUCUGGUCUGCGACGUUCUUUAUCAGCAACUGAUAUUCAGAGCCCCAGUUUAAAAUUGAAACACCGGUCGAAGUCUACCCAUAGACUUGAUGGUGAUAAUUGUAAAUUUGUUAAUCGGCCAAGCAUGAAAGUGGAGCACCGAUCCAAGUCUUCGACAAGACUUGAUGUGCCUCCACCAGGUACGCCAAAGGCGUGCAAGACUCCUAAACCAAUAGAUUUACAGAAAAGACUGAUAAACUGGUUGAAAGCGCAUGGAAAGGAAGUGAGUGCGUAUAAAAACCUGCACUUGUUUGGCACCAGAAAAAGUAUUUUACCUAAAACUCCGAAACCAACGAGUGACAAGGAAAACAUCAUCGUCCUAAGCGACGACGAGGACACUAAAAAUACAACCACCAACCCUCUUGGUCUAAACGAGACAUUCGAUUUCGGAGAAGACCUCAUCAAGAAAGACACCGAACUUCGUACUGCCCAAAGCAUCCUGGAAGACCUGUACUCUCUUAUCCUCGACAACUACCCCAAAGACCAGUGUCAACAAUGGUUGCAAACCAUCAAAAGACGUUACGAUGCAGUCAAGGAGUUAUCAGUGUUCUGGGAAUGCAAAGCUCUCCUGGAUACUGACGAAGGUGACUUCAAAUCAGCAAUCGAUUGUUACCAAAAGGCCCUGGUUGCUGGUGCUGAACAGUUGAAUGUUGAGAAUAAAUUGUGCACGCUUUUUGAUAAGAUGUGCUCUUUGAAUAUCGAUCCGAAGAGUUUGGCACAAGUCGAUGGGAUGAAAAGUUCCAGGGAAUACGAGAAUGGGAAUGAUUUUGCUUCGAGUGUUAUCAAGUUUGCUGUUUGUAAAUCCAGGAAAAACAAGAACGAGCAGGAAGACAAAACCUACUUUGUCACACCAGUCCGAAGAAGUUCCAGACUCUGGACAAAAACACCAACAUCGGCGACGCCUUUCGGAAACAUACAGUAUGUAUCAUCACUUAAUACACUUGAUGAGAAUGUGCGAAAAGCUAUCAAAUUUACCCCAAACAAAGCUCUUUAAAAAUAUAUAAUAACUAUCUUAAUUUUAAUCCUUACAUACACUCUAUUAUUUAUAUUUAAUGAAGUUAUA